AUGGCUACAAUUGAAAAAACCGUGGAUGUCAAGAUGGGAGACCUUAACAAGCCAUUUCGGUUCAAUGGCUUUUGUGAUGCAGAUUGGAACACUUUAUCAGGUGAUUCCUGUUCUACCACUGGUUAUGUCUUUACUUUAGGUGGUGGUGCUGUUUGUUGGAGAUCAAAAAAGCAAACUAUAAUUGCUAACUCUACCAUGGAGGCUGAACUAAUUGCUUUAGCUUCAGCUAGUGAGGAAGCGAAUUGGUUGAGAGAUUUGUUAUUUCAAAUACCUUAUUUUGAAAAACCAAUUCCUCCUAUUUUAAUUCAUUGUGAUAGCACCGUUGCAAUUGGUAGAGUUCAAAACCGUUAUUACAGGGGUAAAUCCAGACCUAUAAGGAGGAAACACAGUAAUUUGUGUUGCUCAUUGUUUGGCACUUUGUUGGUAGCCAUUUUGGAGAACACUUUUGUAACUCUUGUUGAUUUUAGUGGAGCUUUGGCUUUGUGCCUUGGAAAAAAGCAAGGUGAUGUUCUUGGCAAAUUUUACAAGGCCAAACAAAAGAAUUCACCCUAUGGCAAGAGUUAUUUUAAGGCGGCAGGCGAUGAAAAUGUAGAAUUAGACAAAGUUAUUCUUCCACAGGAGGGAUCAAAAGCAAAAGAUUGGAUCAAUAAAUUGCCUGGACAACCACCAGUAAAGUUUCAACAAUAUGGUGGUUAUGUUACUGUCAAUCAAUCUGCUGGUCGUGCUUUCUAUUAUUACUUCACUGAAGCUGAAAAUUCCGAGGCAUUGCCGUUGCUUCUUUGGCUUAAUGGAGGUCCUGGUUGUUCUUCUAUGGCAUAUGGGGCAAUGGAGGAACUUGGACCAUUUAGAGUUAAUAGUGAUGGGAAAACAUUACACAGGAAUAGUUAUGCGUGGAACCGUGCUGCCAAUGUGUUGUUCUUGGAGUCACCUGCUGGAGUAGGAUUUUCAUAUACAAAUACAAGCAGUGAUCUCAACACAACUGGAGAUAGUAGAACCGCUAAUGAUAAUGUUGUGUUUUUACUCAAUUGGCUCGAGAGAUUUCCCGAGUACAAGAACAGAGAUUUUUACAUUUCUGGUGAGAGUUAUGCUGGACAUUAUGUACCUCAAUUGGCACAUGAAAUUCUUAAGCAUAACAAGCUAGCAAACAAGACUCUUAUCAAUCUUAAAGGAAUAAUUAUUGGGAAUGCAGUGAUCAAUGAUGAUACAGACAUAAUAGGAAUGUAUGAAUACUUUGCAUCUCAUGCAUUAAUUUCAGAUGAAACUUAUCAUGACAUCCAGAAUAGUUGUUUCGUCCAAAACUACAACGAGAGCAAGUGCAAUAGUGCAAUUGCAAUUUCAGACAACAAUAUCAACCAUCUUGACAUCUACAACAUUUAUUUUCCCCUUUGUAAGAAUGGCAAUCUCACGAAAUACCCAAAGAUACCGCCAAUUGACCCCUGCUCGGCGGAUUACAUUUAUGCUUACUUGAACAGGCGGGAUGUUCAAGAUGCACUCCAUGCCAAUGUUACCAACAUCAAAUAUGAGUGGGAAUCUUGCAGCAAUUCACUCUUUUACAAUUGGAAAGACAGCCCAGUUACUAUAGUUCCUCUCCUCAGGGAGUCUUUGGAAAAUGGUGUUCGAGUGUGGAUUUUUAGUGGUGAUACAGAUGGAAGGGUGCCUGUAACUUCUUCAAAGAGAUCUAUACAAGCAAUGAACCUUACAGUAGAUCAACCGUGGCGUUCUUGGUUGAAUGGAGGAGAGGUUGGAGGAUAUGUUGAGACAUAUAAAGGAGGUCUAACAUUUGCAACAGUAAGAGGCGCGGGACAUGAAGUUCCAAGUUAUCAGCCUGCUAGAGCCCUUUCCCUUAUUUCUCACUUCCUUUCUGGCACAUUACCCCCUGGAGAUCAUUAG